CCCUUUUUGGAGGAGAAAAAAAAAGGCGGCGCCCCCCCCUCCCCGCGCGCUCUCUUUGCAUCGAGGCCAGCGGGGCAUUAUUCCCUUCCCGUCUCUCUCAACCGGGGCAAGCUGCUUUUCGCUCCCUCUGGCAAGACCGGCCGGUGGUGGUGGUGGUGGGGCCCUCGGCGAAGCGCGGGAGGAACCUCCGAGGGGCGAAACCGAGGGCGAAGAGUCGGCUGCCAAGCGCUGCCUGGGACCCGAGGCGCGGCAACGAGGACUCCGCCAUGCCCGAGGGCGCGCCAAGGUCCGACCCGUGACUGGCGCACGCAACAGGCUGCCUUUUCCCUGAGGGAGGCAAGCGAAGCAUGACGCGCUCCCGGGUUCCCUCCUGCCGCCGCCGCCGCCGCUGGCCCGGGCUGCCCUCGGCCCUGCUCCACACGCUGGUGUUGCUGGGCGUGGCGUCGGGGCACCCGCAGUGCCUGGACUUCAAGCCGCCGUUCAAGCCGCCGCGCCCGCUCACCUUCUGCGUCCAAUACUCAGACUUCGGCUGCUGCGACGCGCAGCGCGACGCCGCCCUCCUGGAGCGCUACUACGGCGUCAGCGGGCACCUCGACCAGGCCGCCUACGCCGCCUGCGCCAGCCACCUGCAGGACCUCCUCUGCCAGGAAUGCUCCCCUUAUGCUGCUCACCUGUAUGAUGCUGAAGACCCUUCUACUCCAGAGAGAACUCUCCCAGGACUUUGUCGAGAUUACUGUGCACAAGUAUGGGAAAAGUGCAGGUCCAUGUUCCGCUACCUCACUUCUGAUGAAGAGUUACUGUCCAUGGAAAACAACUUGGCAAAGUUCUGCCGUUACUUGUCCUUGGACGAUACAGACUACUGUUUCCCUCACCUUCUAGCCAAUGAGCAUCUUAAUCAAAACCUUGGCUUGGUGACUGCUGAUUCGGAAGGAUGCUUGCAGUUGUGCUUAAUGGAGGUCGCCAAUGGGCUUAGGAAUCCAGUUGCUAUGGUACAUGCGAAUGAUGGAACCCACAGAUUCUUCAUUGCUGAACAAGUUGGCUUAGUCUGGACAUAUCUUCCAGAUCGCUCACGGCUUGAAAAACCUUUUCUGAACAUCAGUGAAGCUGUACUUACUUCACCUUGGGAAGGAGAUGAAAGAGGUUUUCUAGGUAUUGUCUUCCAUCCUAAAUUCAAAUUUAAUGGUAAAGUGUAUGUCUACUAUUCAGUUGAAGUUCAUUAUGAAGAGAGAAUCCGAAUCAGUGAGUUCAGAAUUUCUCCUGGUGACAUGAAUUCUGUGGACCAUGGUUCCGAAAGGAUAAUUUUGGAGAUAGAAGAACCAGCUUCCAAUCACAAUGGAGGAGAACUGCUGUUUGGUGAUGAUGGUUAUCUCUAUAUCUUCACUGGAGAUGGGGGGAUGGCUGGAGAUCCUUUCGGAGCGUUUGGAAAUGCUCAAAACAAGUCGACCCUGCUAGGCAAGGUACUCCGGAUCAACGUGGACAACAAUGACCACGGGCCUCUUUAUCGCAUCCCUCCCGACAAUCCUUUUAUUAAUGAAGCAAAAGCCCGGCCUGAAGUCUAUGCCUAUGGAGCCAGGAACAUGUGGCGCUGCUCUUUUGACAGGGGUGACCCCAACACAAAGGAAGGGAAAGGACGACUUUUCUGCGGUGACGUGGGACAGAAUAAAUUUGAAGAAAUUGACAUUGUGGAGAAAGGCAAGAAUUAUGGCUGGAGAGCAAGAGAAGGGUUCAGCUGUUAUGACAAAAAGCUCUGCGUCAAUUCCUCACUAGAUGAUGUGCUUCCAAUAUAUGCUUAUCCACACAAAAUGGGAAAAUCUGUUACAGGAGGCUAUGUGUAUCGUGGUUGUGAGUUUCCAAACCUGAAUGGACUAUAUAUAUUCGGCGAUUUCAUGAGUGGACGCCUCAUGUCCUUGAAAGAGAAUCGUGCUACAGGGGAAUGGCAGUACAAUGAAAUAUGCAUGGGAAGAGGUCAAACUUGCCUCUUUCCUGGACAUAUCAAUAACUACUAUCAAUAUAUCAUCUCUUUUGCAGAAGACGAGGCAGGGGAACUUUACUUCAUGUCAACAGGAAUACCAAGUGCCACUUCUCCUAAUGGAGUAGUUUACAAAAUAAUUGACACUUCACGGAGAGCACCACCUGGAAAAUGCCAUGUAGACCCUCUACCAGUAAAAGUGAAAAGCAGGCUGAUAAAGUUUGUUCACAAGGAAAAGUUUAUAAUGAAAACGGCAACCCCGCGCCCUAAAGUAAAAGCCACGACUAGAACUCCGAUCAGGAGCAGAACAACUGCACAGCCACCACCACCCAGCACAACUCCAGACUGGAUGGAACAAAUCUUGACCUUCCUAAGGAAUCAGAACAGAGUUCAGAUGACGACUGCAGCGCCAAAAACAAAAGCUCCAAAGCCUAGGAAAGAUGGAAGGACUGGAAGAAGAAGGGGUCAGAGAAGGAGAAAUAAGCCCAGCCAUGCCCCUGCACAGCCACGGAACGGCGCAGUCCGACUAAUGGACGGCAGCGUGAAAGGGAAAGACCGUGGCAGGGUUGAAAUUUAUAUCAAUGGGGAGUGGGGCACCGUGUGUGAUGAUCUGUGGACGUCAAAAGCAGCUGCUGUUGUCUGCCGCCAGUUGGGCUAUGCCUUUGUGAUCAGGGCAGUCAAGAAAGCAGAGUUUGGUGAAGGACGUUCACUUCCCAUUCUUCUGGAUGACGUUCAGUGUACGGGACAUGAGAAGACCCUCCUGGAAUGUCCUCAUGCAGGCAUUGGGAAGCACAAUUGUUCACACAAAGAGGAUGCAGGAGUAGUAUGUAGCCAUGAAGAUGCUUUUUGAGACUGAACAGUAGGAUGGCCCUGUGCCCCAUUCUUAACAAUACGAAACUUCCCUGUGCUCUAAUGGGAUUAACAAAUUGGGAUAUAGGAAUCAUAAUAUGUCCAUACCAGAUGGGCACCAAAGGGAUAUAUUGUAUAUAACCACAUAUGUGGUCAAUGUUCCUUUGCCAUUUUAGAGGGUUUUUUUCUC